AUGUCGUGUAAGAAUGAUCUCGCCAUACCUGUCGCACCAGAGGUCAAGAUCCCGAUUUUAAAUGCUAAUAGAAAGUUACACCUUACUGGAGCAAUGACAAAGAGUAUUUUUAAUCGAACUACCACAGAAAGUAUCCCUUUACCUCUUCAACGCGAGCUAAAGGUGUUUGAGUGUAGCAAUGGAGUUGAAUUGCACAAGCGCUCUGAUGCCAUUAUAAAGGAUUCACAUCCUCCGUCUGCUGAUAUACCUCAUUUCACUCCGUUGAGUCUAUCACUUCGUCAUAAUUUUCAAUAUUGUCACAGUGAACAAACCCUCUCUCAAAGUAAAACACCAGCUGAAAUUCGCAUUCCAAAGCGUUCUCCAAGCCCUGAACCGGCACCUCCGGCUCCGUCUAGCAGAGAAUCCUAUGCUCAGGAGGUUAAAAUGCCUUCUGUAUCAUUCGCACAUCCGACAGCUGUCCAUGUUGAAUUAAAGCGACCUGGUGAGAGUAUAGCAUCUGGCUUGGUACCAAAGUGCCUCAACGAUGAGACCCCCGUUGUGAGACUGGUGGAAAGAGAGCGUCAGAGCUGUGCUGGUGACACAUUGAGCAAUCACAAUACACAAGAAGGAAAACAGCAAGCAACUGUCAGGGAGGGAGGAACAACCACUCUAUUGGAUCAAAAUUAUACAGCAAAGGUUUCAUCACGCAGCGGAUCACCAUCGCCACAUAUCGUAGCAGUUGAGUCUCACAAUUGUUGUUCAACUGACGUGCAAGAAAGCAGCUAUUCCCCACGCACCGGGUCUUCUCGUUACCACUACUUGUCUGAUUUUCCUUCAAAAUCUCAGCCUUCUGAUAUUCACUCAUUGAAGGGUGAAACCCGUUCGUGCAUGUGGAGACUUGCGUCAUCUAUGGGUGGUAGCACUUUGCACAAUACAGAUAAAGAUAAGCUGGAGGCGCAAUCCAUAGACCACGUAGAAGACAAGGUAAUUCAUCCAACAUGGCAACCAUGCAUCGUCAAAGAGAUACGACCAGCGUGGAACCAGCGGAUACCCCCCUCGAAACUGCGUCCAGUGGUGAGUGUAGCUGGCAGCAAGGCACCCCAAAGGCGGUCUCCUUCAUCGUCACGGGUACGCACUAUGCACGGUGAGGAGAAGUCUAUGGUACGGACAUGGAGUCUCUGCUCGAAAAGUCGUAGUAAUGUGAGCCCUGAUGAGAUGCCGAAGACUGUGCCUGGAAAAGCUUUUAUCGAUAGAACAUCCUUUCAGCAGUCUCAUGCCCAACCAGAGCAUGCAAACAAAAGCAAAUCAAACCCAGUACUAACACAACCGGCUAGUAUCACGCGACGUAAAUCAAGACCAGCGUCUGUCACACCAAGAGCGAUGAGUGACGUAACCCCACCAUCAGUGCGUAUCCUUUUCCGUAAUCAAAACUCCCGUGAGAGUUCUGCGGCUGACAGGACAUUGCGCCACAUCGUCUUAGGGAGCCCUUCUACGACCCCUAAAGAAACCAAGAAUUAUUUGGAUUCAAUUCAAAAGCAGGUGCAACUCACACAGCAGUCGGCGCAGAUUGCUGUGGAAAGAGCUACUCACGCAGAGGCACGUUGUGCAGAACUGGAGAAGCAAUUACAGGAAUCUGAAAUACAACGAAGGCGCGAUAGAGAGGACUUCGCUUCAAAUUUAUUCAGGCUAGCUGGAAAAGUAAACUUUGCAGUGGAAUGGAUUCACAGCUAUGAGAGGGAUCCUGCUAGUCUGGAGGAUAGAUCGAAAAAGGAAGCAUAUUCACCAAUUUAUGGCGAAGAUAGAGUUCGACUUGGUGAUGAGUAUCAGAAAUCAACACCUGAUGUACAAGGAGCCACACCUACACCAGAGCGCAGUAUCACCAGUACAGUACGUUUGCCAUUUUCUUCAUCAAUGAUUUUCGAAAUGCGUUCAUAA